AUGGCGAGCGAAUGGAACCUUCCGCAUGAUAUCAUCGUCCAAAUACUCUCCAGACUACCCGUCAAGUCUCUGUUGCAAUUCAGGUGUGUUUGCAAAUCAUGGUGCUCUUUGAUUUCCGAUUCCCAUUUCGUUAAAACCCAUCUUAGUUGCAUGUCAAGAACUGAUGAAGACGACGACUAUAAACACUACAAAGUCAUUUUCAACUCACCUUGCCCAAACCCUGGUUUCGAGUCUUGUUCUCUUUACUCUGUAUUGUACGAGCCAUAUCUUUCUGCCUCCGAGCCUGAUUAUCCAUUGCAUUUGAAGGAUUCCAUUUAUUGGGCUCAAAUCAUGGCUUCUUGUAAUGUUUCGGUGUUUCUUAAGGUGUUGCAGCAGUACUCGGGACCACUGUGCAUUUCUAAGAAUGGUGAAAUUUUGUUCAAAUUUGGAUCUUUGGUUAUAUAUGAUUUAAAAGAGGGUCCAUUUAGGUAUCCUUCCAUUUCCUUUCCCCAACCUUCCAGUCAUAGUUUCUGUGCCAGUCUCUACGCAAAAACUUACUUUGAGAGCCUUGUUUCACCUAGUGCUGACAAUGAGCUUCAGGAGUACCAUUAA